UCCAGCACAACUUCUCUCCUCAACCUUUCGCCAUCUCGCUUCCUCGUCAACCCUCCCAUGCUCCUCCACCCACCACGCGCUGCUGCAACCAAGAUUAGUCUGGCUUUGCGCGCUGAACCUGCUCCUGCAAUCCUUGGCUCUACUUGGGUCCCCGGCACUCAUCUUUACGCGUUUUCCUCGGUCUCCGGCGGAUAGGCCCAGUUCCGCCGCGCGGCUUUUCACGCCAGGAUGGCCCCGUCACCCAACGUUGAGAUCCCCUCGGAGGUAGACGCACCCAUGGUCGAUGUCAACGGAGAACGGGCCACAGAUGCGGCGGAAGAUCACGCCGAUCAGAUCAUGACGGAUUACCAAGAUACGCCUGAUUACACGGAUUCGGACACUCACCCAAAUACAACUGCCAGCAGCGUUGCCGGUGAUUUGGCGCCGAUUGAUGGUCGAAAACGUAGAUCAGAGGCUUUUCAACUCCGCAAGUCAGUCCUGGGCAAGAAGCAUGGACGUCUUGACGAAUCUAAGGAAGACGAUUCCAUUCGAAGGUUUCGGUACCUGCUUGGGCUCACAGACUUAUUUCGCCACUUCAUAGACACCAACCCAAAUCCGCGAAUUAAGGAGAUUAUGGCCGAGAUUGACCGCCAAAAUGAGAAGGAAACAGAAAAGAAGAAAAGUUCGACCCGUAAAGGUGGCGCCAGCGGCGAACGUCGUCGGAGAACCGAACAAGAAGAAGAUGCGGAACUUUUGAAAGAUGAAAAACAAGGUGGGCCUGCGGAGACGGUCUUUCGGGAGUCUCCCUCGUUCAUCAAAGGUGGUGAGAUGCGGGAUUACCAGAUUGCUGGUCUGAACUGGCUUAUCUCGUUGCAUGAGAACGGUAUAUCGGGAAUUCUAGCGGACGAAAUGGGUCUCGGCAAAACAUUGCAGACAAUCUCCUUCUUAGGUUACUUACGGCACAUUUGUGGCAUUACUGGCCCCCACCUGAUCACAGUUCCUAAAUCAACCCUGGAUAACUGGAACCGCGAGUUUUCAAAAUGGACGCCGGAAGUGAAUGUGCUUGUCCUUCAAGGAGCCAAGGAAGAGCGUCACCAGCUUAUCAACGACCGCCUCAUCGAUGAAAAGUUCGACGUAUGCAUCACUAGCUAUGAGAUGGUCCUUCGCGAGAAGUCCCAUCUCAAAAAGUUCGCAUGGGAGUAUAUCAUCGUCGACGAGGCUCAUCGUAUUAAGAACGAAGAGUCGUCUCUUGCUCAAAUUAUCCGCCUAUUUAACUCCCGAAACCGACUGCUCAUCACCGGUACCCCGCUGCAAAACAAUUUGCAUGAACUCUGGGCUUUGCUCAACUUCUUACUACCCGACGUUUUUGGCGAUUCAGAAGCGUUUGACCAAUGGUUCUCCAAUCAAGAAGCCGACCAAGACACUGUGGUUCAGCAACUUCAUCGAGUUUUGCGGCCAUUCUUGUUGCGACGAGUCAAGAGUGAUGUCGAGAAGAGCUUACUUCCUAAGAAGGAGGUUAACCUCUACAUUGGCAUGUCAGAAAUGCAGGUCAAAUGGUACCAGAAAAUUCUCGAGAAAGAUAUCGAUGCGGUAAAUGGCGCACAGGGCAAGCGAGAAUCGAAAACUCGACUCUUAAACAUUGUGAUGCAGCUUCGUAAAUGCUGUAAUCACCCGUAUCUUUUCGAAGGUGCAGAACCGGGACCGCCUUAUACCACCGAUGAACAUUUGGUCGACAACGCCGGAAAAAUGGUUAUUCUUGAUAAACUUUUGAAACGGUUAAAAAAUCAGGGCAGCAGAGUUUUGAUAUUUUCCCAGAUGAGUCGCGUACUCGAUAUCUUGGAGGAUUACUGCGUUUUUAGAGAGCAUGCAUACUGCCGGAUAGACGGUUCAACUGCUCAUGAAGACCGCAUCGCGGCAAUCGACGACUACAAUCGGCCGGAAUCCGAUAAGUUCAUAUUCCUACUAACAACAAGAGCCGGUGGCUUGGGAAUCAACCUUACUUCUGCCGAUAUCGUCAUCCUCUACGAUAGCGACUGGAACCCGCAAGCUGAUCUACAGGCCAUGGACAGAGCCCAUCGUAUCGGUCAAACAAAACAAGUCGUUGUUUUCAGGUUUGUUACCGAAAAUGCUAUUGAAGAAAAGGUAUUGGAGCGAGCAGCCCAAAAGCUGAGAUUGGACCAACUUGUCAUUCAGCAAGGCCGGGCCCAGCAACAAACCAAAAACGCGGCUUCGAAGGAUGAACUUCUUAGUAUGAUCCAGCACGGUGCCGCAAGCGUCUUCAACAGUUCGGGAGGUACUGGAACCCUAGCCGGAGGGAAAGAUAUUUCGGAAGAUGAUAUUGACCGGAUACUGAAGAAGGGUGAAGAAAGAACAGCUGAACUGAACAAGAAAUAUGAAAAACUCGGUAUCGACGAUUUGCAGAAGUUUACUUCCGAUAAUGCGUACGAAUGGAAUGGAGAAGAUUUCACCAAUCGCAAGAAGGACAUUGGCCUCAAUUGGAUCAAUCCAGCGAAACGUGAACGAAAGGAACAAUCCUAUUCUAUCGAUAACUACUAUCGGCAAACAAUACCUACUGGAGGACGGACAGCCGACCCAAAGCCCAAGGUUCCCAAAGCUCCAAAGCAGAUUGCCGUCCACGAUUGGCAAUUUUUCCCACCCAAACUUCGGGAACUCCAGGAUAAAGAGACCGCGUAUUUCCACAAGGAAAUCGGAUACAAAGCUGUUCUUCCAGAAGGUACAGAGGAGGACUUGAGCGACAGAGAAGCAGAGCGUGAACUUGAGCAGCAAGAAAUUGACAAUGCAAUCCCUCUCACGGAAGAAGAAAAGGCUGAAAAGGAAAGGCUCUCAGAGCAAGGGUUUGCGACUUGGAACCGUCGUGAUUUCCAACAGUUCGUCAAUGGAUCCGCCAAAUUUGGCAGGACGGAUUACGAAGGCAUUGCAACUGAGGUUGACAGUAAGAUCCCUGAGGAAAUCAAGGAAUAUGCCAAAGUUUUCUGGAAGCGGUACACGGAGCUCCAGGAUUAUCCCAAAUACUUGCGCUCCAUUGAGCAAGGUGAAGAAAAACUGCGCAAAAUGAACCACCAGCGCAAGCUACUUCGCAAAAAGAUGGAGCAAUAUCGCGUGCCUCUCCAACAACUCAAGAUCAACUACAACGUGUCGACUACGAACAAAAAGGUAUACACCGAAGAAGAGGAUCGAUUUUUGCUCGUCAUGCUUGAUAAACACGGUGUUGACGGCGAAGGCUUGCAUGAGAAGAUCCGGGAAGAAAUAAGAGAAAGCCCUCUUUUCCGAUUCGACUGGUUCUUCUUGAGCCGCACUCCAGUCGAAAUCAGCCGAAGAUGUACAACUCUGUUGAAUACUGUGGCUAAAGAAUUCGAGGCGGAUGGAAAUGUACCCAAUGGCCAUGCCGGUAAGGGAAGAGGACGAGACCGGGACGAUGAUAUGGAAAAUGGCGAGGUAAAUGGCCCUGCAAAGAAAAGGUCAAAGAACGGGGCGGUGAACAAGAAACUCAAAGCAGUUAAAUCAGCCGGUGGAAGCAAGGCCACCUCAACUGCAACCUCUAGAGCAGGAAGCGUUUCUUCCACUGUAGUCACCACCAAAUCAAAAGGUAGAAAAAAAUAG